AACUGCUUAAAGAUUUGCUUUGCCAGCCAGAAUUAGAAAGUAGAAAACUCGAAACUCCAACUACUUCUCAUAUGGGUAUUGUCUCUCCUUCCUCCUUGCUUCCACUUUCGCAAACCAAAAAUAUCAUUUCUUCGUCUUCAACAUUUGCAUUUUCAACGCAAAUUAAGUUCCGUCUUGAUUUUAGGCGCAUCAUGAGCUCUGCUUCAAAGUCCCAAACCCAGUGUGUUUCUUCCUCAACGCUGUACCAGGUUCCGGGACUGGACCCCCUUGAAAUGGACAGCAUUGCGGAGAAGACUUUCGAAAGGUACUCAUCAAACACAGUGAAGAAUAAUGGAAAAGGGGUUUCCCUUGUUUGGUUUAGGAAUGAUCUGAGGGUGCUAGAUAAUGAGCCUUUGUUCAAGGCCUGGGUUUCUUCGGAGGCUAUUUUGCCUGUUUACUGCAUCGAUCCUCGUCUCUUUCAGACCACCACCUAUCACUUCGGUUUCCCUAAGACUGGAGCUUUGAGAGCACAAUUUAUCAUGGAAUGCUUGGGUGAUUUGAAGAAAAAUUUAAUGAAGAAGGGUCUCAAUCUUCUCAUUCAACAUGGGAAACCAGAGGACAUUCUUCCUAAGCUUGCAAGGGCUUUUGGAGCCCACACAGUGUAUGCUCAUAAAGAAACCUGCUCCGAGGAGCUUCAAGUUGAAAGAUCGGUCGCACGAAGUCUGAGACAGGUGGUGUUACCACCUACUCAAGGCAAUUCUAGCAGGUCAAGUUUAUCCCACAGCCCUAAGCUAGAACUUUCAUGGGGCGGCACUUUGUAUCACUUAGAUGACCUUCCAUUCAAUAUCAACAGUUUGCCAGAUGUAUAUACUCAGUUUCGUAAGUCUGUCGAAGCCAAAUGCACCAUCCGAGGUUGCAUCAAACUUCCGAAAUCACUUGGACCACCUCCUAGUAUUGAUGAUUGGGGAAUCAUUCCUUCAAUUGAGCAACUUGGACUUCAUUUGGAGAAGACUACAAAAGGAAUGAGAUUUAUGGGAGGUGAGGCUGCUGCAUUAGGCAGGGUUACAGAAUACUUCUGGAAGAAGGACUUGUUAAAAAUUUACAAGGAGACAAGGAAUGGGAUGUUAGGACCUGAUUACUCAACCAAGUUCUCUCCAUGGCUUGCUUCAGGAAGUCUCUCUCCUCGAUUCGUAUAUGAAGAGGUAAAGAGAUAUGAAAAGGAAAGGCAAGCAAAUGACUCCACAUACUGGGUGUUGUUUGAAUUGAUAUGGAGGGAUUACUUCCGGUUUGUUUCGAUAAAACAUGGGAAUUCGCUUUUCUAUUUAGGUGGCCCAAGAAAAGUGGAACAGAGGUGGCGUCAAGACCAAAAAUUGUUUGAGACCUGGAGAAAUGGCUGCACUGGCUACCCUCUAAUUGAUGCAAACAUGAAGGAACUAUCAGCCUCCGGAUUUAUGUCGAAUCGAGGCCGGCAGAUUGUAUGUUCCUUUCUUGUUCGAGACAUGGGAAUUGACUGGCGCAUGGGUGCAGAAUGGUUUGAGACAUGCCUUUUAGAUUACGAUCCAUGUUCGAACUAUGGAAACUGGACGUAUGGUGCAGGAGUUGGAAAUGAUCCCAGAGAAGAUCGGUAUUUCAGCAUCCCAAAGCAAGCGCAGACAUAUGAUCCAGAUGGGGAGUACGUAGCAUUUUGGUUACCAGAGCUUCUUCCUCUCCCCAGAGAAAAAAGGAAUUUUCCUGGAAAAUCAUAUAUUGCACAAGUUGUGCCUCUCAAAUUUGGGAACACUUCCACUCAAAGAAGCAAAUACGGUGGAAGGCAGUCCAGGUUGCAGAGUAGAUGAAUUUAAGGGGAAACACUUGUUUGCUUUGAAUCUUAUUCAAUUGAGAUAGCCUGAUGUUUCUCCCAUCCUAUAUGUGUUAUUUAAUACUAAUAUUUUUAUUUUACAAUUAAUUUUUUCAUCUAUUCAGAACGAUUGACCUUAGCUUUUUA